UAAUUACUUAAGGGAUUGUAAUUAAGAAGCCAGAAAUGAAGCUAAAGAUUGUGAUCGAAGUGCCACUGCAUAAAGAGAAGGAUAAAUCCAAAGCCUUGAAGAUUGUUGUGGCUGAAGAAGGAGUGAUCUCGGUGAGUAUCGGAAAAGAUAACGAUCAGCUUGAAGUGAUCGGAGUAGGAGUUGAUUCCGUGUGUUUGGCAAAAUCUCUUAGGAAGAAAUUCUGUUUCGCCAAUAUUUUAAGCGUUGCAGAAGUGAAGCCGCCUGAGCCGGAGAAGUCGCCGGAAAAAUGUCCGCUGCAACCUUGUAUGUUCCCGCCGCCGCCUUGCCAACCUUUCUACGAGUGCCACUAUUAUGAUCCUGGAAGUUCAGGUGGUUGUCACAUUAUGUAA